AUGGGCUUAACCAUGGGCAUCCAUGCUGUUAGCGUCGUGAUAGAGGCUCUCAAUAGAGAUGCCCAACAUGCUACUAUCGCCAAGUUCAUUCAAAAUGAACUUGACGCCGAAUGCGAGAAAGUAGCCGUGCUUCACCAACAAGGUUCUCAACAAUCAGAGUUGUUGAGAGAACAGGGUGCUCAACAGUUUGAACUGUUGAGACAGCAGCGGGCUGCUGCUGGCGGGUCGAUGCACUCACGUCGACCCGAGACAUUGAAGAUUGAAAUCUCCAAGUAUAGGGGAGUUGUAGAGGACUCCCUCUUGAGAUGGUUCGUCGAAUCGGAUGACGCCAUAAGGGCGCGUCGCAUCGACGACGGGGAUAUGCAAGUUGCAUUUGCCCAAUCAAAUCUGGCAGGACGUGCCAAGACUUGGGCACUGGGGCUCAAGUUGCACGACCCAUAUGCGUUUGGGUCGUUAGAAGUCUUCAAGUCGCGGCUCAGACAAACGUUGAACCGCCUAGAGCUGAGUUCAGAGCUCGAACCGAACUCUUGA